AUGGCCCCUUACAAAAUGCUCUAUGGAAGGAAAUGUAGAACCCCGGUUUGUUGGCGGGAAGUGGGUCAACGCGUACUCGCCUCAAAGGAUGUCAUAGCCGAAAUGAAUGAGAAGAUUGAUAUGGUUAGGUCAAGGAUAAAAGCAGCCCAAGAUAGACAAAAGUCUUAUGCAGAUCGGCGAAGGCGACCAAUUGAGUUCCAAGUGGGAGAUUAUGUCUUACUAAAAGUCGCUCCAUCGAAAGGGAUAAUCCGUUUUCGUAAACGUGGGAAGCUAGGUCCUCGAAAUAUCGGACCAUUUAAAAAACUCGCUCGAGUCGGGGCGGUGGCGUACCAGUUAGAAUUACCACCCGCGUUGGAUGGAAGUCAUAAUACUUUUCAUGUAUCGCAACUGCGGAAGUGCUUAGCGGAUGAGACGGCAUACGUGCCUAUGGAUGAUAUUGAAGUGGAUGUGAAGUUAAAUGAUGUUGAAAAGCCCGUCGCGAUAAAAGAUUUUAAAGUGAAUGAACUCCGCAACAGAUACGUUCGACAAGUGUUGGUUUAA